ACAGCCUGUAGACACCAGGACGCAGCGGCGCAGCCGGGGGCUGUGGGCGCUGCCGCUGGAAUCCCUGGCUGUCAGUGCACCUCCAGCUCCGCACCCUGACCCCACGCGCAGCCCGCGCUAUGGCAGCCCCGCCGCAGCUGCGGGUUCUACUCGCGGCCGUCAACGCACUGCUGCGCAAGCGCCGCUACCACGCUGCGUUGGCCGUGCUUAAGGGCUUCCGGAACGGGGCUGUCUAUGGAGCCAAAAUCCGAGCCCCUCACGCACUGGUCAUGACCUUUCUCUUCCGGCAUGGCAGCCUCCGGGAGAAGCUUCGGGCCAUCCUGCAGGCCACGUACAUCCACUCCCGGAACCUGGCGUGCUUUGUGUUCACCUACAAGGGUCUCUGUGCCCUGCAGUCCCGCAUCCAAGGCAAGACCUACCAGGUGCACUCAUUCCUGGCCGCCUUCCUUGGGGGUUUCCUGGUGUUUGGAGAAAACAAUAACAUCAACAGCCAGAUAAACAUGUACGUGUUGUCACGUGUCCUGUUUGCCCUGAGCCGCCUGGCCGUGGAGAAGGGCUACAUCCCUGAACCCAGGUGGAACCCGUUCCCAGUGCUCACCGCGGUGUUGUGGGGGCUGGUGCUGUGGCUCUUUGAGUAUCACCGGCCCACACUGCAGCCAUCGCUUCAGUCCUCCAUGACCUACCUUUAUGAGGACAGCAAUGUGUGGCAUGACAUCUCAGACUUCCUCAUCUAUAACAAAAGCCGCCCCUCCAAGUAAUUCGGCCCUGAGGUGUCCGGCUGUGGCUCAAGAUUUGGCUCCUCGAAAACCCUCCCAAAGGAUCCUGCCUUCUCAAGAUCAUGGGCCUCAGACUCCAGCUGGUGUUAUCCCAGGGUUCCAUUUGCCAAAGUAAAAGCACUGAUUUUCAACCCCA